UCAAAAAAUAAAAAAAUAACUUAACUAAAUUAAUAAAUAAAAAUAAUAAAAAUGAACAAAUUUGUGAUCGUCCUCGCUGCUAUUUUAGCUAUUUCUUCUGCCUAAACUUUCCUCUGUGAAGAAAACGAUAGAUCAGCCAACAAAUUAUGCACUGAUAUUUUUGAACCUGUUUGUGGUAUCAAGCAACCCAACUUACAAGGUGGCAAACCCAUUAGAGCUACUUUCUCUAGUCACUGCAAUGCUUGCAAAGACUCAAGUGUCGUUUUCGUUGCUUAAGGUGCUUGUGAAGCUUAUCCUGAAAACGGUAUUUUCUGUCAUCCCAACUCCGUCAACAACAAAAUGUGCCCCAUGAUUUUCUCCCCUGUUUGUGGUAUGAUCCAAAACGGUUUUAUGUUAUGCUAAGGUGGUAAUUGUGUUGAAACAUUCAGUAACGGUUGCUAAGCUUGUGCAAGUGGUUCAUUUUUCUACACUCCUGGUGAAUGUACUUACCACAUUUAAUAAGAAUAAUGA